AGAUAGGUGGUCCUUAAUUAGUUAUCUUAACUACCCUUAGUUUGUUUGAGCCAUUCCUCUAAAAUAUAUUGAUUAAGCAAAUGUUUAUGAAUAUGUAAAAUGUGUUAUGGUUACAUCGAAAAAAAAUGUGUGUUAAUGUUUUAUUUUAGUGUUACAUAGAAAAAGGCGCAUGCAGUGCAAUGUUUUAUUAAUUUAGUAAUUAAGAUAGAGUAUUACACAGGUGACACGGAAUAGAUUGUAUCACUUGAGGUCAUUGUGUACGGAAAUGGAUUUAUUUCUCUUAGUUUUGUUCCUUGAUGUCAUUUUUAAGAACAGAGUCUUUGCAGUUGUAACAUUGACUUGUGACGAUUUCUUCAACUUUUCUGAUCUUGACUCGAAAAUCAAUGACACGUUUUCUGCAGGUGACAUUUUGUUCAAUAUCAACGACGAGAUUAAUUAUUCAACAGACUGUGAAGACCAGCAACUUCUUAACCUAACAGCAAGCCCUGAUGUCUCUGGAGAAACUGUUGUUUUAUUAGCUGUCGGGUUAUCUGAGUAUUGUAAAAGUUGGAUUUCUUGUGUCUUCGAAUGCACCAAGUCACAGGUAGGUGCAGAUUAUCAUUAUAUUACACAUUCUGUAUAUUUUACUGUCACCUCGAAGCGUAUCCGUUAUACACUAUUGGAAUAUGUGUAGCACGUUUA